CUGAGACUGAAACGUCAAGAUGAGUCGUUAAAUACUCAGAUGCUAUAGACGACAACGAAGUAAAUUUAAACAACAAAAACAACAACCACAACAAUGACGACAGUUACACUUCAACAGCUUGAAUAUUCAACCAUAUGAACGAUUUAUUAUGUUAAGGCUUUAAACUACAGUAUCCGGCUUGCAGAUGAUUCACUUUGCAAUAGUGAGUCGCAGCACAGAUGGACUUGCUCUGGUGGCCAACUCAGACAGUCCCCUGGUGUCCAUGCAUCCUGGACUGGAAGAUGCCCAAAGAAAAAUAAAGUUACUCUCUAGAAUAUCUGCCCGCUUCCCAGACAGAUGCAGUCUGUACUGUGGCUCCUAUGUUAUACAUUUCAUAACAGCGCUAGAUCUGACCCUGCUGGUGCUUUGUGACGUGACCUACCCGCAGGUGCUCGCCUUCUCGUUCCUCACCGAUCUGCAGAAGGAGUUCCUCGUGUUCUUUGACAAGCAGAAAGUCUUGACUGUUCAGAGACCAUACUCACUUAUUGACUUUGAUAUUCCUCUGCAGAGACUCAAACACAGAUAUAACAACCCACGGUCAUUAAAUACAAAAGUGAAUCUACAGGUACUCAGUGAGGAAUUGCGUCUGCGACCUCCAUACGUUCUGUGUGAUGAAGAGCUAAGACCAGGUUAUGGGCAGAGGUCAAAUAAUGAGAAGGUCACGACAACGGCAGCCUCGCCAUUCAUGCGUUACCUCCCUUUGCACUUUGUCGGGAUUGUCUCCCUUUCAUUGAGCUGUUUCUGCGCCCUGUUGAACUUCACCAGAGCGGUCCACAUCAUCAACGACACUCAUGCUCACAUUGGCCAGGAAUUUGAUACGGAACAUUACCAAACAGGGGCCACAUUUUUCGUUUGCUGUUUCUUGUCAUUAUAUCAGUCGUAUCUUAUAUGCUACCCGCACAAGAGACGAAAGGCCCUGGCGUGUGCAACGCUAGGAAGUAUAUGUGUGUGUCAGCUGUACCUUUAUGAGCAUCGAAGCAUCUUUGGGCUAAUUUUCCAUGUCACUGUUGCAUGCUACGGAACUUUUGUCAUCAUCACGCGCCAGAUGCAGUCUAAAUUGCCACAGUAUACUUUAUGAAAGCGUCACUAGAGAGUUUUGUACGAUAUGUGACAUUGUUUUAAGUUCACCUCAGCAAAAAGUGCUCAAGGUGAGUGAUUGUGGUCUGUAAGUGACCAGGGAAGUGUGUUUAAAUUUAAAGCUUUUUACCAUUUUAGAUACCAUAUUUUUGUGUAAAUCUUGAUCAAACAUUAUCAGAAUGUUAUCUCAAUAUAAUCUACUCAAAGUUUGGAUCUAAGUUAAGUGGGGAAAAAACUAUGUUAUCAUGUCAUUUCUAAAGAAAACCUUGUUACCACUCUAGAGGUCACAUAUAUGACUGAAUCCUUAUGAAACUUACCCAGAAUGUUUAUCUCGACAAUAUAUAUCCCGGUACCUUGGUCAGGUUUGAAUCUGUAUCAACCAUCGCAAAUCGUAAAUCUUCUAAUAAAGUGGUCAGAAUGUCUCAUCUGAGAAUAAUUACCUAGGUCAAGGUCAAUCUGGGUCCAAAAAGGUCAAAAUCUAAAUGAAUCAAUAAAAUCUUGUAAAGACCUGGUCAUGAUUCUAGAAGCAACAUUUAUGACUCAAUAUUGAUGAGACUUGGUCAAAAUGUUUAUCUUGACUAUAUCAAAGCCAACUUUUAAUCUGUGUCAAGAGGUAUCAAAAUCUAGGUCAAGAGGUCAUAUCGUAGAAAAACUUUGGUGCUACUCUGGAUGCCACAUAUAUGACUCAAUCUGGAUGACUGUUUUUUGCAAUGUUUAUCUUGUCAAUAUAUAUCCCCAGAACUAUGGUCCUGUUUGAAUCUGGAUCAUGUGGGGUCAUAACUAAGUCAUCAGGUUCAAGCUUACAAAAAUCUCAUAAACACCCUUAACAUAGUCUGAAUGUCUUUCUUAAACACACUUAGGCCAAGUUUAAACUAAGGUCUCUAAGUGAAAACAAGAUCGUAAAAUAUAAAAAAAUUGGAUAAUUUAAUUUUUUUUUACAAUUGUUGUACACCAUGAUUGUCCUUUUGUACAUAUUUUAUUUUUGGUGUUUUGCUAUCGUAGCCAAAUGUAAUAUAAAAUUACCACAUUGUUAUAUAUUCAAGAUAUUGUUUUUCACAAACGAUAUGUGAUAUUGUUUUAAAUAUUCAGUCUUGAUGGUGGUUGUUUUACCAGAUUUUAUUGACAAUCUUUUUUGGUAGCAAUUUGGUAGAAGUUCAUUUCAUGCUUCUUUCCCGAUGUUUGCCUCAAGCUCUUGUUGUUGAUGUUUGAAAUAACGCUUUGUCAUUUUCUUAUAUUUUUUUCAUUUUCUUCAUUGGUAAAGCUUUCAACUAUGACGAUUUUAACUUGUAUAAUUUAUAAAUAUUAUAAUAUAUUAUUUACCAGGAAUUUUAAAUCACAUUUGUACACUUGUGUUUCUGCCUGUGAUAGAAAGUAUUUGUAUUUCAUGCUUUUAAAUGUUUCCAAAGAGAGCCAAAAUAAACAAUUACGCAAUUAAUAAUAAUUAAAAUGUCAGGUAGUUUUAUUCGAUUAGUUAUCUAGUAGAACUGUUCCUCUCUGAAAGAUACAUUUAGAAUUUGUAUUUGUUUGUUUUGGGGUUUAACGCUUUAUAGCAUCACUGGAAAUUGAGCCAUUUAUGUGAGUCGCGUUCUGAGAAAUAAUGGCAUAAUGCAUGUGCGUUAAGUGUUGUCCCAGAUUAGCCUGUGCAGUCUGCACAGGCUUAUUAGGGACGACAUUUUCCGUUAUUAUGAUAUUUUCUGUUUAAAGAAAGUUUCUUCUUAGCAAAUAUCUAGUUUAGGAGGAAAGUGUCGUCCCUGAUUAACCUGUACAGAUUGCACAGGCUAAUCUGGGACGACACUUUACGUACAUGCAUUAUGCCCAGUUUUCAUGAGUUCUCCCAUUUAAUGACAUCCAGUUUCUUAUGUCAAAAAUAAAGAGUUGAAGGUUUCUAGUCAUUUCUAUUUUUGCAUAAUUACCUUAAAAAGGGAUUUCCAUGUAUAUGAAUUUGUUUCAAUUAUGUAAUGUACAUACUUUUGAAUAAGAUUUUUUUUUCAACUUUAGGUACAAGAUAAUGUAAUAAGGUAAUAAGAUAUAUGUUAUUGUUGCAAUAGAGUUGUAAACCAGUCUGCCUUACUUUGUAAUAUUCAAUUUGCAUAAUUGAAGGAUAUGUUUGAUUGUUCAUAUUGAAAUCAUUUUCUUCUGCAAAGGCAUAAACUGUUACAUCUAUUUGUAUGUUAUCAUUUUAUCUACUCUGUAAAAUUGCGUUUGCAUUAUCUUUUCUUUCCAUAUAUGUUUAUUCUUACUCAAAGGACGAAAAAUAAAAUUGAUGGCCAUAA